UUGUAGCCAGGCCGUAGUUUCUGUUGACAAGACGAAUACAGUUUUGAACAAUGGCGGAGAAUUUUUAUUCUGUCAAAACAGCCCUUCAUGUUGGAAUAGUGCAAAUACUGGGCGGCCUAAUAAGCAUUGGGAUUGGAGCCUUUAAUACAAGAAAGGAGGAUCAUCAGGCGUUUUUUAAGUUUAAAGCAGAAGGACUUCCAGUUUGGUCUGGGAUACUGUUUGUAGUGAAUGGAGGCUUAGGAUGUCUUAGUUAUAAGCAUCCUAAAAAGAUAACGAUUCAUGUUUUCUUAGUGUUCUGUAUUUUCACGAUCAUUGCAAGUAUCCUGAUGUUUUGGAUUAUUCUGCCAAUGCUUGUGUCUGGCGAGAAAGACGUAUCUUGGAACUUAUUUUUUGGUUCAUUUCUUGGUGUUGUGGCCAUAACUUUUGUUGUCAGCAUGAAGGGAGCUUUUGUUGCAUUCAAGUCCUCGUUUUUUCAAUACAACUGCUGUAACAAGCCUCCACAUUUACAGCAUACAAGUGAACCUGUAGAACUUUCAUCAUCUGCCUGCAUGAUCACAUCAACAUCUGUGGCAUCAGAAAACACCUUGGAAGAAAUUAGAGAACAGAGAAGGAUAUCAAGAUCACAAAGUCAACCUUCAUCCACGCCUCGUCACCAUUCCCAUCACUCCCACAGGCAUCACCGACCGCGAGGUCAUUCAAGCCGGAGGGGAGUGGAAAGAGAAGCAAGAACUCCACGACAUGACGAGCGACCCCCUCCUCCCCCAUACCAAACGAUUAAGCUCCCCUACCUGCCAGCUUACCAAGAGGUGGAAGUUUCCCUUCCUCCACCGCCGUAUACGGAGAAGAAGGAGGACACAUGACCGCACCGUGUUUAUAAAUUAAAUUAUGUAGUUAGCUGUAUGUCUUCCUUGAAGAAUUCAAGAUCAUGAGAAUAAUCCAGAGGAGGAGUCCAACAAAAGAUCUUUUCAGUUCUAUUCUGGAAAAGCGGCUAGCAGAAGAACACACUGCAACACAAACGAGUUUCGUAAAUCUUCGUAAAGCUAUCGGAAGCGUUAAUCAUCCGAAACUGUACGAGUGUUCACGAACAUGUACUGAAAAUGAACAUGUCAACCCGUCGUCACUUCGCUUUUGCGAAGGACGAACGCUCAAAAUGUGGGCUCAACAAACUAUGUACUUGCCCUAAUAACUUUGCCGUCAUAAGGGCUUGUUAUGUCGCUUGGCAAACCUUACAAAAAUGGAGGGCUCUCUUUAUUUCCGACGGAUGCAAAGACGGUUGUACAAAGAAUUUAAGGGGCUGCCCGCAGACAAAAGACGACCUGAAGCGCGAGGCAAUCUUAGAUAAGAAGUAAAACGAAAUAAUAUUUUAUUUCCCAGUUUUUACUUUCAGUGCACCAUCUUUUUAUGGCGGCUGAGAUCAAGCACAUGUUUUUACAACGGGUAAUGGCGGGCAAUUUUUACUCAAGAAGAUUCGAUCACACGUUGAAAACAAGUCGUUUUUACAAGUCAGUAUUAAACUAAACAAAACCACCACUGAAUCCAAACUAUAGAUAUUGAAUUACUGUACCUCAACAAAAUUAUUAUUUCUAAGGACUCCAAGUCCUGAUCGAGUAGACCGCGUUGAAAGAAGUGGGUCACACAAAUCAAAACUAUUUUAAUGCUAUCACCGGUACGUGCCAAGUAAUGUCAAAGUUUGUUAGAUUGAAUGUUGAUAACCACGAAAUCUCCUAUUGAUUCUUACUCUCAACCUUUUUGCCUGACGAAGUAUUCAUACUUUAGAAGAAAUUAGUCGUUGAUCAGUCUUGAAAAUGAAGCACGCAGUGUUUGAUCACAAAUUAAGAGUAUUGUUGUAAAUAGGUUGAUGGCAUUGCCAUCACAAAUAUCUGAACUAGUCCUCAAUGUUAGAACUGACUUAAAUGUUGGAUUACAUUCCUGCUUUUAGAUUUCUCUGGAUUUCGUUAAGAAAUUCCCAAAAUUGUAAAUAAAUGAUUGUAAUAUAAAAACUUAGUUUUCUUAUUGCUAUAUUUACAUGUUUAUUAACUCAGUUACUGAGACGGAUCUAGGGGAGGGGGAGGAGGAGGCAUUUUCUGGGGGAGGAUACCCCGGGACACCCCCAUAGGGGACCACCUUGGGUGGUCCUUAUCCCGAAGCCCCUUCUCGAAAAUCCUGUAUCCGCCUCAGAGGUACACUAGUUUCAACCGCCAGCCCUCCCUCAGAGCAAAGACAAAGCAACGUCUUUGCUUUGACGAAGCUAAAGGCUCAAAACGACAAAGUAGCCUCACAAACUCUUAAACUAUUGACUUCAACUCGCUAGAUACUAGCUAUUUUGCUUGCCGACGCAGUUGAACAACCUCUUAAGAAAAAAACAGCUUUGCUCAUUUAAGCGUUUGCUUAUCGACGCAAUAUAAUUGCUUCUAAGUAAAUUAUUUUACUACUUUGCAGAAAUUGAAAUUACAGUUUCCUUGAAGAACUUCCA